UUUACUUUCUUGAAUUACCUACAAUGGAAUUUUGUUUUUAAUAUUUCUUGAUAUGUUAAUGUAGGAAAUAACAAUGUCCAAGAUUAAGUUGAUCUUUGGCUUCCUUACACUUUAUGCAUCAAUACUUCGUACCCAUGCUGCAGACACCAUAUCUGCAAACCAAAUCCUUAGGUAUAACCAAACAAUUACUUCGCCACAAGAAACCUUCGAACUUGGUUUCUUUAGCCCCCCUAACUCCACAAACCAUUAUGUGGGAAUCUGGUACAAGAAAAUAUCCAGCGGAACCGUUGUAUGGGUAGCCAACAGGAACACACCACUCACAGAUACAUCUGGUGAGCUGACACUCACCCUUCAGGGAGUUUUAAUUCUCCGGGAUGCCACCAAGGGUAAUGUAGUAUGGUCGUCAACAAACUCACCAACGAUGUCAAAGAAAAAUCCGAUUGGUCAGCUUCUAGAUACAGGCAACUUUAUAGUUCAUGAGGAAGGUGAGGGCAUCAAUCAAGAAGAUCCCGUAUGGCAAAGUUUCGACUUUAUAACAGAUACUUUACUUCCUGGAAUGAAGCAAGGCUGGAAUUUGAUGACAGGGCUUGAAAGGCGCUUCACGUCAUGGAGAUCCCCCAAUGAUCCUGCUUUCGGUGAGUUUUCUUUUUGGAUUGAUACUAGAGGUUACCCUCAGCUGAUUCUAACGAAAGGCCGGGAAAUAAAGUUCAGGGUAGGUCCAUGGAACGGACUCAGGUUUUCUGGAAUGUCUAAUUUGAGAUCCAACUCUUUGUACAACUUUACUUUUGUAGUUAAUCAGAGAGAAAUUUAUUACCAAUAUAAUCCAAUAGAUACUUCAAUCAUUACGAGGCUGGUGUUACAACCAAGUGGUCGUAUAGAGCGUUUGGUAUGGAUUGAUAGCAAACAAGAAUGGAGCCUUUAUAUGGCGGCUGAAAUCGAUCACUGCAAUCAAUACGCGCUAUGUGGGCCAUUCGGGAGGUGCAGCAUUGACAAGUCACCAGUUUGUGAAUGUUUGGAGGGGUUUCAGCCCACGUCCCCUGAUCAGUGGAGGGAUACGGAUUGGUCACAAGGUUGUCAACAUAGUGUCCCUUUGGAUUGUAACCCAGGGGAAGGGUUCAACAAAUAUUUAAAUCUGAAGUUACCGGACACUCGGGGGUCAUGGUAUAACCAUACCAUGACCCUUGUAGAGUGUGAGCAGAUGUGUAAAAGCAAUUGUUCGUGUACUGCUUACGCAAAUUCGAACAUAUCUGGGAGGGGGAGUGGUUGCUUCCUAUGGUUUGGUGGACUAAUUGAUAUCAGAACGAUUGCUGACGAUGGAGACACUAUUUAUAUACGAUUGUCGGCUUCAGAGUUAGAGUCCAUAGAAGACAGUAAUAGCUCAAGUCCAGGGAGAAGACCGAUACGAAUUAUAGUCCCCAUGGCAUCUGUCGUUUUGGUCAUACUAAUUUCAAUAUACUUAUUUUAUCAUUUUAAUAGGAAGAAGCAACCCAUGGCUUUAUAUAAAAUAAAUCAUUAUUUCAUACUUCAUUCUAUAGAAGUUGUGCUUAUCCACUUCACAGGGACAUCCAGUAACAAGUUUAGACAUGAUCCUGAAAAUGAAAGUGGUGAUGAAGAUUUAGAGCUACCAUUAUUUGGCUUGUCUACCAUACUUAAAGCUACUAACAACUUUUUAACGAACAACAAACUUGGUGAGGGCGGUUUUGGACCUGUUUACAAGGGUGUACUUGAAGACGGGAAAGAAAUAGCAGUGAAGCAACUAGCAAAAACAUCCACUCAAGGACUUCAUGAGUUCAAGAAUGAAGUCAUCUCGAUAUCAAAACUACAGCAUCGCAAUCUUGUAAAGUUCUUAGGCUGCUGCAUAGAAGGAGACGAAGUAAUGCUGAUUUAUCAAUACAUGCCAAACAAAGGCCUUGAUUCCUUCAUAUUCGAUAAAACCCGAAGGGGACUCCUUGAUUGGCCUGCACGUUACCACAUUAUCAUUGGAGUUGCUCGUGGGCUUCUUUAUCUUCACCAGGAUUCUCGGCUCAGAAUCAUACAUAGAGAUCUCAAAGUUAGCAAUAUUUUGCUUGACAAAGACAUGAACCCAAAGAUAUCAGAUUUUGGCACGGCUAGAACUUUUGGUGGUAAUCAGAUAGAAGCAAAGACAAAUAGAGUGGUUGGGACAUAUGGCUACAUGGCACCAGAGUAUGCAGGAGGUGGUGUCUUUUCGAUAAAAUCAGAUGUAUAUAGCUUUGGUGUGUUAGUACUGGAAAUUGUGAGCGGGGAGAAAAACAGAGGAUUCGUCCACAAAGAACAUUGCAAUAACCUUGUUGGACAUGCAUGGGUACUCCAUAAUGAAAACAGAUCCUUGGAGUUAGUUGCUAAGUGCCUAGGUGAAUCAAUCAAUGUGUCUCAGGUUUUACGAUCCAUCCAUGUUUCUUUGUUAUGUGUUCAACGUUGCCCAGAAGAUAGACCGACUAUGACUUCUGUGAUCGUGAUGUUGGGGAGUGAGGGUCCAUUACCUUCACCCAAAGAACCAGGAUUUUACGUUGGAAAAACUACGCAAGAGAAGACACAAUCUUCAAGGUCACGUGAAACAAGUUCUAACAAUGAACUAAGCAUUACAGUGUUGAAUGGUAGAUAAAAUGAAAGCUGCAUGUAUUAAACAUUUCAGAUUCAUGAUAUGUUAAUCAAGGACUAAAAUCACAAUA